AUGGGCGCGUGUAAUUGCUCCAGCGAGUCGGCAAAAUGCAACUUCGGUGAGAAGCAACCUGUCGUGAACCUCACCCCUGGGGCAGAGGAUCAGGCAGCUAGCGUCCAGCGAGGGCAGGCGUCAUCGGCCGCAGGUAGCUCAUCGCUGCCCAAGGCAGCCGCAAAGCAGCUUGAGGUGCCGACCAUACGUCGCACUGACGAAAAAACAACAGGACUUCCGCAGGACACUGAUGGGUCCGUCCUGGAGGAUGUUCGUGUCACCUUAGAUGAUGGCUCGGUCUAUAAUGGACAGUGCCGGGAUGGUGUUUUCAAUGGAGAGGGAACGCUGACCAUGCCCGACGGAGCCGUUUAUGAGGGCCAGUUCAAAAACGGGAAAAAGCACGGUGUGGCAAAGUACACGUACGCAAACGGAGCCGUCUAUGAAGGAGAGUACAAGGAGGAUGCCAAAGACGGAAAGGGCAGACUGAUCUGCGAUGGCAUUGGAACCUUAGCUGAGGCCUCUACCUACGAAGGCGACUGGUUGAAUGAUCUGCAGGAUGGCCAGGGGAUCGAACGUUGGGGCGAUGGCUCCGUGUUCACCGGCUCCUUCAAAGAUGGCAGGAAACACGGUCAUGGCAAGUUUAUGUGGGGCGAAGGCUGCAUGUACGAGGGAAGCUUCUUAAACAACGACAUGCACGGAGAAGGUCGGUAUGUCUGGGCCGAUGGCCGACAAUAUAAUGGCGAGUGGGUAGAGAACCAGAUGCACGGCGCUGGCACAAUGCGGUGGCCAGAUGGCCGAAUCUUCGAGGGCGACUUCAGCCGCGGCAAGAAGGAAGGUGAGGGCACUUUGACCUGGCCUGACGGCCGCACCUACGAGGGCCAGUGGGUCCAUGGCAAGCAGCAUGGCAUGGGCGUGGUUACCACCUCCAAGGGCACGGGCCGGAAAAGUUACUGGAAAGAUGGCAAGUUCGUGAACUGGGUCAAUACCAACUGA